AUGCCUGAUGUCUCCGAAGUUGAAAAUUUGAAAGAACUGAGACUUGAUCGUUGUAGAAACCUAAUUGCUGUUCAUGAAUCAGUUGGACUUCUCAACAGACUUACUCAUUUUAGCGCUUCAGAAUGUACCAAACUCAGAAAUUUCCUGCAAAGUAUGUUUCUACCAUCUCUAGAAGUCCUUGACCUUAAUUUAUGUGUAAGCCUUGCUCACUUCCCAGAGAUAAAGCAAGAAAUGAAUAAGCCACUGAAAAUUUAUAUGAUAAAUACUGCUAUUGAGGAGCUGCCAAAAUCUGUUGGUAAUCUUUCUAGGCUUGUCUCUAUGGAUUUAUCAUGUAGUAGGAAACUUAAAUUUCUACCAAGAAGCUUUUUCAUGUUGCCAAAUGUUGUUUCCUUUAAAAUCGAAGGAUGUUCUCAACUUCGAGAAUCCUUCAGAAGUUCCAUCUACAACCUUUUAGAAGUCAAUGUUCGUCCAACAUUUCAAAAACUGUACUUCGCAAAUGGUACCUUGUCAGAUGAAGACCUUCUUGCAAUUCUUCGUUACUUCCCAAAAUUAGAGGACUUGUUUGCAUCAGAGAACAAUUUUGUAUCUCUCCCUACAUGCAUUAAGGAAUGUGUAGACUUGACAAGUCUCGAUGUGAGCUAUUGCACAAAGCUUCAAAAGAUUCCUGGAUGCACUAACUUGAAAAUUCUUAAUGCUGAUGGCUGUGUGAAUCUUGAGGAAAUUGCAGAGUUGCCAUCUACUAUUCAGAAAGUAGACGCAAGAUAUUGCUCCAACUUGAGUAAAGAGACAUCAGACAUGUUAUGGUCUCAGGUGGAGAAAGGGAGACAUGGAAUAGAAGUGGUGAUGCCCCUCAAAACCGGGUUUCCUGAAUGCUUUCGGUUUGCUGAUGGAAAUGGAGGGAAUCCACAUUUCUGGGCUCGUCGCAACUUCCCUAACUUUGCUCUAGCCAUGGCCUUCCAGUUUCAAGAUGAGAGUGAAAGAGAGAAAGCAGCUCCCCGUCAUCUUGUUGAUCUGCAGUUACUCAUCAACGGUCGAUAUGUUCCUCGCAAAGGGUAUCACAACUUCAGAGUUGAAGCAGAGCAUGUCUUGAUUUGUGAUCUACGAGUUUUGUUCAGUGACAAGGAGUGGCUUGGGCUCAAUGCACUUCUUUUGCACGAGUGGAAUUUGGUGCAGGUUUCGUAUGAAACCACCUCCUCCCUGACACUUAGUCAUUGGGGAGUUUUUGUCUACGAAGAAGGAACCAGUAUGGAGGAUGUCCAAUUCUCGUGCCCCGACCCCAAGUAUUUGGACGACAGAGAAUCUAGGUCUAGAUGUAGUUUUGGAAAAGAUCCUGAGAAGGAAGACAGAAUGAUGAUAGAGAAUCUAGGUCUGGAUUUACUUUUCGAAAUGAUGUUGAUGGAAACGGUGGGCUACGAAGAAAGGGAGGAUUUUGCAACGGAGGAAAUGCAUAUUCUAAUGGGAGUUGUGAAUGAGCUAUCUACGCAGGCUAAGGAUGCAUUGGAAUCCAAAGGCUCCUCAUCGGCUUUAGAAGAUCCAAACUCGUACCUGAGGUGGGUGCUUGAUGCAAUAAAAAAUGAUGAUGUGGAGCCCACAUUCUUGAUCAAUAAGGAUCUCGCCAUGAUACGAAUGAAAAUUCCAGGGAAGGUACCAAUGGCUAUGGAUGUAGGAAAUGAUAAUUCAGAGAACGAUGGACUUGUUGAAAAUAGAAGUACUUUCUUGAAGAAGGGUAUUAGGGUUUCAUGGUCACCUCGAGGGAAUGUGUUAGUACCCACAGUUGAAACGAGGACACACACGACUAGAAUUCUCAGUGUACUCAUUGGCGCAACACCAAAUACCGUGGCAAGUUGGAAAGGCAUUAAAACAUCUUUUAUGGUUCCGGGUUUACACGAUCCUAUUUUGCAAGCAUUCGGGAUAUUGGUGAAGCAGCAAGGAAGCUUGGAGUCUGAGGUCAAGAGUAAACUCUUGGGGAAGUUGAGGGAGGAACACGAAGCUCUGCGCAACAGAAUUGUGGAACUUGAAAACGAAAAUGAAAAUGAUUCUCGUGUUGAAGAUAAUGAGACGGCCAGAUUUUGGAGAAGUGAUCAAUAUGAUGAAUUGGUUCAGAAAUUUAACAAUCAAUAUCACAAGUUUGUUUCAAAGAGGCAUGCAUAUUGUAAAAAAUCUAGUUCAAGUAGCACAAGGGUGCAAACAGACACUGGCUGCAAAUGUGUGACAGAGUAUGAAAAGGUGGAACGUGUUUUGAAAGGAAGAGGUGAAGAAUUAGGAAGGCUAUACGAUGAAGGGAUUAAAGGCCUCCAGAAGUCAGAGGAGUUUUUAGAUAUGAUGAGUGCAAUAUACUUGAAUGGAGUUAGGGAUGGAGUUCUUGAGGUACAAGCCAUUUUACUUGCUCUCCAAAUGGACAGAAAAGAUGAAGAACGGGCAAUUGAUGAGAUUGCUAACAAUGGAAACCCCGGUGUAGGAGAUGGAGAGAAGAGAGAUACCAAGGGAAAGGGAAAGGUUUGGAAUGGGUGA